AUGGCGCACCUCGCCAAAUCGCCGCUGCCCGUGCUCAAGAAGCUCUCGACGUCAUUGACGUCGCUCGAUACGGUGCUGCACCCGCUGCUACACGGCCACAGCCUCGAGGAACUCACCAAUUCGCUCCAGUUUGGCGAUGAGGCUUCACAGUCGCGGGGCAAGGAAAAGGAGGGGGAGACGGAGCUAAGUGGUCGGCUCGACUCGGCCAGGCUGCAAGUCAGUCUGGCCUAUGUCGUGCUCGAUCUCGUAUGGAUCUACCUCAAGGCAAAGGGGAUCAACGCCUCCUCGCACCCCGUCAUGGCCGAGUUGGAACGGGUCAAGGGAUACUUUGGCAAGAUCAAGGCGGUACAGAGCCGCGACACCGACGAAGCACACAUGAGGCUGGACAAGUCAGCAGCGGGUCGAUUCAUCCGUGCCGCCCUGUCCGGCAACGACUCAGAACCCUCCUCGCCAGCGGGCAAACAUACCAAGUUCGACGACAACGACAACGACGACGACGACGAGGAAGUCGCUUCGCAACUCCAAGUUUCGGCUACACCGUCAUCGUCGUCGGCCAAGAAGGAGCGGAGACCGACGGAUCCGUUUGAAGGCUACGAAAAGCCGCAGACGCCGGCGAAACGCAAGAUCGACGAGCCCGCCAGCACCUCUACACCGGCGUCGGACAAAAGCGCAGCGGCAGAGCAGCAGGCGACACCCUCGGCGGCAGGGUCGGCCCACAAGAAGCGGAAGAAGAGGGCCAAAAAGUAG